CCAUUGUUUAACCGCCUUGUCCAUUAGGUCACGCGACCCACUUGCGGUUGUGUAUGACGUAGUGCUUUCUGAUGAACAUCAUCGUGUGGAGGAGGAGAUCUCUAUCUUACAAGUAACAUCACCCUGGUGUUUAGUCGAGCGGUUUGCAUUGCAAUUUUUUAGUUUAGGAUAACCCCAGGAUGACUUCAGGGGAUUCUCUGUAAGCUAUUGUUGAGCACGUCGAUGUCGGCGGAACGAUUUGCAACUAUGGCGACCACCAAGCUCUACAUCGUAUAUUACUCAAUGUACGGCCACGUUGCGAAAAUGGCCGAAGAGAUAAAGAAGGGAGCAUCGACGGUCGACGGUGUCGAAGCCAGUUUGUUCCAGGUUCCGGAGACUCUGCCGCCAGAGGUAUUGCACAAGAUGGGAGCACCGGCGAAGAAUGCUGAGCACCCUAUCAUACCAAUCGCGCAAUUGACAGAAGCUGAUGGGUUUCUCUUCGGAUUCCCCACACGAUAUGGCAUGAUGUGUGCCCAGUUUAAGACCUUCAUGGAUGCAACGGGCGGUUUGUGGCGAACUCAAGCUUUGGCAGGAAAGCCAGCUGGGUUAUUUGUAUCAACAGGCACCCAAGGUGGCGGCCAAGAAACUUCUGCGCUGACAGCAAUAACUCAACUUGCACACCAUGGAAUGAUAUUUGUUCCUACGGGAUACACUGGAGGUUCAGGGAUGUUCAACCUGGCAGAACCUAAAGGUGGGUCUGCUUAUGGGUCCGGCACGUUUGCUGGUGAUGGCACUCGCCAACCUUCCAAACUUGAGCUCGAACAAGCUUUCCAUCAGGGCAAGUAUGUCGCCAGUGUGGCGAAGAAGCUCAAGCAUGGCUAGCAAGAUGAGAAAUGACAAACCAAUGCCUGUCAAAACUGCAGAAUGUUGGCCUAUAUCUACGAGAGAACUUACUUUAUGUCUUUCGACAAAACAAAUGACAAUUUUGUGCCAACUCCAAAUUGCCAACCCUCACCAAAUAUUAGCUCUUUGCCAGCCA